GAGUGGCAAAUCUGCCUCAUCAUUGCCCAUAUGCACAAUGCCACCUGAGCAGAUCUCGAUAAGAGAGGACAGUGGACUACUUUACUACAUGAUCAAGAACUACCAGCCGUUCACUGACACCAAACGUUUCAACCCAGACCGGCCACCAAUUCACCCCAUUGAGAAUGAUUUGGCUUGGUAUAUCGAUAACCCUGAAAAGAUCUAUACCAACAUCAGUUACUGUGUGAAGACUGGAGAUCUAGAAUCUCUCAGCCUGGCGUUUACCCAACAAGUGCCUGUUGAUGUCAGAGAUCAAUUCUUUAAGACACCACUCAUGACAGUGUGUAGGUGUGGCAACUACCAAGUAGCUAAAUUCCUGAGGUAAUGCUACUAAGAAAAAUAAAGAUUUACACUUUUAAUGUAUUUGGAGGACUGUUAGACUGUGUAAUUUUAAAAACAUUAUGUUUCUUUGACUAUAUAAGGCUGAUGUCAAUGCAGUUGACCAGUUUAACUGGACGCCCCUCCACCAUUCUUGCCAUGCAGGUCAUGUAGCCAUUACCAUCAUGCUGGUGCAAUCUGGAGCCGUGGUGGAUGCAG